GAGAGGAGCUUCUCGUCCCUUCCCCUAGGUCCUGUGUAGUUAGCCCCCUUUUAGUGAUCCCUCACCCCAGUAGCUCUCGCAGUUACCCCCUAGAACAACUGGCCUGUGUCUGUGGAUACUACUUGGUGUUGAGUGAGAGUGAUUAUCUUAAUGGUGACGGUGACGUUGUGAGGACAGUCCACCAUGCAGUUGUUCACGUCACUGAUGCUGGCUAUGGUUGCUCAGGUCGUCCACAGUCAGCGUAGAAGCGCCAGAGUCAGACCAGUUCCUGAUGCACGACUUGAGGAGGCGUUCGCUACAAGUAACGAAAUCUUCUUCGCUGGACAGUUCAGUGCCCCACGUGACACCAGACGUAGCCUCGUUCUGGCCAGAAUCCAGAGUCCUCAGCUCCAAACACUGUUUGAGGUUUCGGUUGGUUUUACUCAACCACAAGUGGUUGUGCGACUGCGCACACGUGACAGACGGGAAUACCAGUUAACCUUCCCGACCCGUGCCCUUCAUCAGAAUGACCGGAAGCGCUUCAUCCUCCAUUUCACCGAGAUGGAUAAACCAAGCAAUGGUAUUCGACUGUUCGUGGACUGUCAAAACAUCGGCCUGGACACAACAGAGAUCCCCAUCAGGAGUUUACUCAGGGGAAAUCUCAAUGUGAGACGUACUCCCAACUUCAACUUCUACUCUCAGACGUCGUUGGACAACAUGUUGUUGUCGCAAGGCUGUGGUCGGAACGCAUAUAACAUCCCUACGACGACAGAGGCCCCUACACUGGAGGUUCCAGCGUGGGCCGAGGAGAGGUUCAGCCCCGAAAGGAAUGAUCCUGAAGAACGGUCGACACCCUCACCUGACAGAUCUAGACAGCAGCCAGACCCGUCUAGAGGACGACAGACAGUCCCGCCUAGAGGUCGACAGCCUGACCAAUCGAGGAAGCAGCCCCCGCGCAGAGGAGGGGACAUCAAUGUUGAUGAUAUAACCAAUAGGAUUAACCCAACAGGUCCAGGAGCAGACCCUUCCGUGCAGAUGAUACAGGCGAUGUUGGAGCUGACGCGGACGGUGCAGGAACUUCAGCGACAAAUGCAGAACCAGGAACGCGAGACACGUGCUCUGAGAGAAGUGCUUUCCGGCUGUGCCAUGUGCAGAGGAUCCGGAGCGAAUGAUCAGCCCUCGCCCUUGAACGUAAGGCGAUGCUCAUCCAAUCCGUGUUUCGAGGGAGUCAGAUGCGUUGAUACGGAGACUGGCUUCCGGUGUGGUGCCUGUCCGCGUGGUUACCAUGGAGAUGGAAUAACAUGCACGCGCCACACCUCGUGUGCAGACAGUCCAUGUUACCCAGGAGUCCGGUGUGUGGACGGAGAGCGAGGCUUCCGCUGCGGAUCCUGCCCCCCGGGGCUGACAGGUGACGGGACACAACGAGGGUGCCAACCCAUCAGGGUCACAUGUGCCGACAGACCAUGUUUCCCGGGGGUAACAUGUGAAGACACAGCCAGGGGCUACGACUGUGGUCCCUGCCCCACAGGUUACUCAGGCAACGGCACCGUGUGCGAGGACAUCGACGAGUGCCGCUACAGCCGCCCAUGUGAUGACUUGGCCAUGUGUGAGAACCUGUCCCCGGGGUUCACCUGCUCAGCCUGCCCCCCGGGCUUCACUAGUCCAGCGAUUCAAGGGGUGGGGAUCGAGGCCGCACAGCGUCAGAAGCAGGUGUGUACGGACAUCAACGAGUGCGAGAACAGCAACGGCGGGUGCGUCCCCAACUCCGUCUGCAUCAACACUCCGGGUUCCAGGCAAUGCGGUGACUGUCUGCCAGGGUUUGUAGGGAACCAAACUGUAGGAUGCCGGGAGAGCGGACUUCUGUGUCCUGACGGGAGUACGAGGUGCCACGAAAAUGCCAAGUGCGUCCGUCGACCAGGACAGGAGGGCUACUUCUGCCAGUGUAAAGUCGGCUACGCCGGGGACGGCAAGAUGUGUUUCCGCGACACCGACUUGGACGGUAUCCCAGACCAGGAUCUGCCCUGUAGUCACCGACGGUGUAGGAAGGACAACUGUAUCGACGUGCCAAACAGCGGUCAAGAGGACGCCGAUGGUGAUGGCAUUGGCAACUCCUGCGAUGAGGACAUGGACAAUGAUGGUAUCAUCAACAAUCCGGACAACUGCCCCCUGGUGGCCAACCCUGACCAGAGUGAUUCAGAACGGGACCCUGACAAGAGAGGGGACGCUUGCGACAAUUGCCCCACGAUCCCCAACCCUGACCAGACGGACACGGACACUGACGGCCUAGGAGACAACUGUGAUCCGGACAUCGACAACGACGGUAUUCUUAACGAAGAUGACAACUGUGUACGUGUUAAAAACGUUGACCAGGCCGAUGUCGACAGCGAUGGCGUUGGUGACGCCUGUGACAACUGUCCGAAUAUAAAAAAUAAGAACCAGUUCGACAGUGACAACGACCUCGUGGGAGACGUGUGCGAUACCAACGACGAUGACGACCGUGACGGCAUACAAAACAACAAGGACAACUGCCCGAUUGAGCCCAAUGCAGACCAGGUGGACGCUGAUAAGGAUGGCCAAGGUGAUGCCUGUGAUAGCGACGACGACAACGACAGGAUUCCCGACCCUCUGGACAACUGCCCGUUAGUGCCCAACCCUGACCAGUUGGAUACAGACAGAAAUGGCAAAGGAGACGUUUGCGAGGACGACAACGACGGCGACGGUCAACCUGAUCCACUGGACGUGUGUCCUGACAACGGCGACAUCUACGCCACCGACUUCAGGGCAUACCAGACAGUGAUCCUUGAUCCCGAGGGAGACUCGCAGAUCGAUCCUAACUGGAUCAUUCUUAACCAGGGGGCUGAGAUUGUUCAGACCAUGAACAGUGACCCGGGCGUGGCUGUCAGUUUCAACGCCUUCAGCGGCGUGGACUUCAGCGGCACUUUCUUCGUGAACACGGAGGUAGACGACGACUACGCCGGCUUCAUCUUCAGCUACCAGGACAGUUCCAGCUUCUAUGUGGUCAUGUGGAAGAAGAACACCCAGACGUACUGGCACCCCACCCCCUUCAGGGCCAAGGCAGAGCCCGGCAUCCAACUGAAGCUGGUCAAGUCGGUGUCCGGCCCAGGGGAGAUGUUGAGAAACUCGCUGUGGCACACAGGCAAUACUAAAGGCCAGGUGAAGUUGUUGUGGAAGGAUGAGCGGAACGUCGGCUGGCAGGACAAGACAGCCUACCGAUGGGAACUGAUCCACAGACCUCACAUAGGCCUCAUCAGGGUGCUGCUGUUCAAGGAGACGGAGCUGGUGGCCGACUCCGGCAACGUGUACGACACAACGUUGAAGGGUGGACGUCUCGGUGUAUUCUGCUUCUCACAGGAAAUGGUCAUCUGGUCUGACCUCGUCUACAGAUGUAACGAAUUUAUCCCUCCUGGGCUUCUGGAGGACGAGGAUGAAGAGUAUGAAUACUACGAAUAGGUGUCACGUGAUCUUGUCACGUGUGAAUAUAUUAACUGUAGACAGGCUGUCACAUCAAAUUUAUACUAAUACUCAACCACAAAGGAGAAAUAUUUGCAUUUUCAACUGUUCUUGACGAGUGAAAUAUAGUUCCGUCCAAUGCCAGCUCGAAAAUGAUGAAACUGCAGUCGACCAUUUUGAGAGAUGGAGAAGAGAAAUGUACAUACAUUUUCCUCAUAUACUGAAAUGUAAUUUCAUUAAGAAGAAGCAGUUAUUGUGAUUUUUUAUUCAACAUUCACAACAGGUUAUAUUUUUAUGAUUCAUAUCCAUGUAAAUUUUUACUUUUUUGGUUUUGUACAUAAAACAUAGGUACAGUAAAGAGAUCGAUCUCAAA